UUUAAGCUUCUCUAAUAAUGUCUGCCGAUAUAGUGAAACAGUUGAAAGGCACUCGAUCCGAUGUUGAGGCUGCGGCCACGACAAUUAAGCUGAAAUUCAAGGAAUUCAGCAAGGGCAUCGGGAUAAACGACGCCUCCUUUCCGCUAAGAUAUGAGUUGAGCGUGUUGCGCCAGCUGUGUCUCGCCUUGAAGGACAAUCUGCACCAGCAUGACGAUCUCUACUGCGACAUUGCGGCCACCGUGGUACCACACGUGGAGCCCUACGAGGAGAAGCCGAGCCUGUGGGAAGCUCAUCUAACGAGUCUGCGGUACAUACAUCGUGAGCUUUGUCAGGAGAAAUCCCUGACGGAAUGCCAGAAAAUGUACGGCCUAGUCCGAUCGCAGCCCUGCCGCCUGCAAGGGGAGGCUGACUACAAGUUGUAUUUGGACAUCCAUCUGACGCACUUCAACGGCAUUCACUUGCAAAUGCAGAAGGAGACGUUGCCCAUCGCCGCCACAGAUCAACUAUAUUACGCCUUGGAGGCAAUGGGUGUGGCAAAGAAUGCGGCUCUCCUGGUCCAGCUGAAUGAUGCCCUGUUCAGCAAGCGAAGCAAAGCCUUUCUGAUGUACCUGAGCGCCCUUCCGCCCGAGAGCACGACGAAAAUGUACGACCCGCUUCUCAAGCUCCUGAGCUGCAGCUGGGCCACACCCAGCUCUGAGCUGACUACUCAAUUCACGGAGUAUCUGGGCCUGGUUCUGGCACUGAUGCAGAUCGACAUGUUUUCCAUAGAAGCGCCGCUCGAACAACAACUGGCACUGAAGUUGCUGCGCAUUUGUCGCGACCUGUACAAGGACGUCUCUCCGCAGAACUACUCCAUCCAUCUCCUCUACUACUAUGUCAAGCUGUUGUACGUGCGCGAGGCUACGGCGGACUUCAAGCGGACUUACAUCGAUCUGUGCAAGAAGUUCGUCUACUUCUUCGAGCACAAGGGCGCGACGCACGCCAAAGAGCAGUGGUUCAUGGACCUGCUGGUGUUCUUCCAGCGCCUGCAGAUGCUGCUUCAUCAGAGCAGCAACAAGCCUCCCUUAGACAUUUUUUGGCAGCAGCUCGAGGGCGACGACAGUCCCGAGGUAUACACCGCCCACUUUCAACUGCUGCAUGGCUGCCUUGGGCUGACGGUGAACGUAGUGAGGAGUCCGCUGGCGACCAGCUGCUCCAACGAGGCCUGUAAAAGCAUUCGCAGGCAUUGCCUUCUCUCCUUCGGGAUGUGCGCCCUGGAAGCUUACGUUAACUGGCAGCCGACGACCGAACAGAAGUCGGACAAGGCACCCUAUAAGCCGCUCUUGGGCAUUCUUGGCUACACCUUGGACGUGGCCAAGAGCAUGAAGUGCCUGGGGCCCUCCGCCAUGGAGCUAGUCAAGCUGGUGCGUCUACUGGCACUCGUGGCCGAAAAGGUAGCGUGUCCCGAACAAAUGUCCCUUGUGCUGGCCUUCUUGGAGCCCUUGCAACAUCUACGACCGCUCAUCACCAGCCAGAAAAUGCUUAGUGUGCUCCUGCGAAUCUACAAAGCCAGUGUCCACUGCAAGAGCUCCGACAUGGCCAACCGUCUGCAGUCCACCUACCUUGCGGCCCAAACGAAUCCAUCGCGGUUGCGUUCACAGCUCUUCGUCCACUACCACAAUGCCAAUAAUACGGAGAAGUGCGUCUACGAGUGGCACGAGUCCAGUCCUAUGCCCAACCCCCUAACCCCCGCCCAAAUGAAACAGCUAUACGAUGUGGAUCUGUUGGCCGUGCUGCACUUCCAGAGUGCGCGGCCCGUACCCCUGCUGCAGUCGCUACUACGCUGCCGUCACAAUGACUACCACCUGGUUCUCCUGGCACGCAAGAUGCGCACCGACAGCGAGGUGGUGCGUCAGUGCGAGGAACUGCGCUCCCAGCUGCAAAGCACGGCCCUCAAGCAACCGCUCAGCCGCAUGCAACAGCUGGCCAUUGGCCAUACCAGUAUCAGUGUGCUGCUGGAGGCUUUGGAGGCACAGAAGACCAUGUUCUCGAUCAAGGAGACGGCCGAGAACAGCCUGGAGGAGUUAAUCGUCAAGAACAACUUGCUGGAGCUCAACAUUAAGCGGGAGCAUCGCCUGGUGGAGUUGGCCACAUCGUCCAUCGCUGGCUUCGCGGCCUUCUUCGAACGUGCAGACCAAGAGCCCCUCGGCUGCGACGAUACACCAAUCGACUGGGAAGCCCUGAUCGACGAUGCAGUUGCUGCAGCCAUGGCUCUGUCGUCCAUGGGCUACAUGGCGCAGGCCGAUGAAGCCUGGCUGCUGAUACUCAGGAUAGGGCAAAUGCUGGACGAGAGAUUCACCUACCUGCGAGCCCUGACCCACUUCCUGGGACAAGACCACCUGAAUUCUAACCAGCAGCUCCAACUCUCUGAGGAGGUGGAUCGAGCGCAGGAGCUGCUCGACGAUCUGUGGCCUCAGCUCCAAAACGGAUGGUUCUUUAAGCGCCAACAUACUAUAGUGAUGCUCUGCCGCUGCCACAUGGCCAGCUACUAUGCGCGGCAGGACUGUCUGUGCCACGCCCAGCUGCUGUUGCUGCAGGCCGAGGAGCUGCGCGCCCAGUUCGAUGAGCGAGUUGGCAAGAGCGACAUUGUGCAGAUCACAAUCCAGACAGUUCGCUUUCGAUUGGACUACAUGCGGAAGAAGCGGUGCAGCAGCCUGCCUAGGAGGCCGUCGCCCCUGCGACAGCUACACACGCUGGUCGACAGCGUGCGCAACUACUGCACAGUGUCCAGCGUGGACCUGGGAGCCCUGCAGCUGCUGCUGGCUGACCUCGUGAGGGAGAGCACCGAGUGUGCGACCAAUCGGCUGACCGAGCGGUUCGCCUUUUACGGCACCACGCUUAACCUGGUGCUGCAGUCGGGUAUGGCCCUGCGGACCAUUGAGGUGCUCAUCUCGUGGCUCUAG